AUGAUUACAGAUGCGCUUGUUCUGUUAGAAGAUAAAUACAAGUUCUCCGAGGCUAUAUCCGAUAUGGAAAAAUAUAUCAAGCUCACCGAUAGCAUAUUUUACGAAAUCUUACGCAGCAACGAUGCAGAUGAGAAGACCAAGAAAGCGAAAGAAAUUCUCGAAAGGAUCCAGCAGCGAAAUUUGUAUAAGCUUUGUGGCCAGUUUCAACCAACCAAAAAAUUAGAAAAUAGUCAUGUUUCGAAAGCUGCUGAAGAAAUCGCGUCACUAUCCAAAGGCCGUGUAGAUCCGAACGAAAUCUUUGUCAGCAUUGUUGAUAUUCAUUUUGGCAAAGAAGAUCAAGACCCCGUGAAAUCUGUCUUGUUUUACAAGAAAAAUGGCGAAAUUACUAGUUCAAUUGGUAGAGAUGACGUGAGCAGAAUGCUUCCACAGACAUUCUCCGAGCAAUACGUUCGCGUCUAUGGAAAGAAAAUCUCAACCGAAGUGGACAAACAAAUUAUUGAGGACUGUUUUGAGAAAUGGAGACUGAAAUAUAAAUAUUAA